UAGAGAAGAGAUUCUUAAAUUUUUUUAAGGUUAGAAAUUACUAGUAAAAUACAGUUCGCCAACCCUAAGUUCCGCCGGAUCGGGGCGCGCGAGCAUCCAGGCGAUCGUGAAGGGCCCGACGGCUGCUGGCUGCUGCCUCGACCCGACCUUGGCAAGGUCAGCAAUGCCGCAAGCCGCCACUCAAGAGGGAGAGGCGUCGGGGUCCGGACCAACCCGCGCGCUCCCACGCAGCCAGAGGUCCACGGCUGCAGCAAGGCCCACGGCGACGACCCGGUCGAUGGCCCUGGUGCGUGCGCGGCAGUCCCCGGGCUCCCAGUCCCCACUGGAACCAACCGUGCGAUCCAAUACAAGGAAGAGAAAGAGGGAUCCGGCUGCCAACCGGAAAUCGAAGAAACGGAAGAGGACCGGGGAGGAGGAGGAGGUCUCAUCUGCAGACAGCUCUCCAGUUCGCCAGCCACAUAUCCCGGAUCGGAUGUACCGACUUCAUGAUCUGAAUACGUCCAAAGCCAUUCAGAAGGCACGAGAAGAUGUUUCGGCCAAAAGAGCUCGCCAUAUGGGAUUGGCUACUCUGAAUGUGCACAUGUGCAGAGCUUCCAUGUGUGUUCUUGAUGACCCAAAUCUGGUUCCUGAUCGUGAAUCUGCAAGGACGGCAGUGCUUAACGCUGGACGCUCUGUUCUCGGACUUUCAUCCUCUGUUGGUGGUAAGCCACUAGCACGAUGCUGUGGUUUCUGGGUUGAUUGGGAUGAGAAGAACAAAAUUGGCACUGCUUUGACAACUUCACGUCUCAUUUGUACCAAGUCUGCAUCUUUGGACAGUUGGUCAGGGCAAGAAGAGUAUGAUACUAAUGCCGAGGUCCUUGUUCACAUGCAGGGUGGCACCACUGAAAAGGCCACCCUGCAGUACCAUCAGAAGCACUAUGAUUUGGCCUUCUUCAGCGUUAGAAUGGAUAGGCCUGUUCAUAUACUAUCUUUCAAUGAUGGUGUGAAGCGUUCUGACCAUGUUUUUGAGCUUGGAAGAGAUGAAAGUUCGUUUCUAAGGAUAAGCCAUGGUGUGGUGAAAUUCUUGAAUCCAAACCUACUUGAACGGUAUCACUAUAUGCAUGUUCACAGUGCAGAUCCACGUCCCAAGUAUGGCAAAGGAGCGCCACUCAUUGACUUUGGCGGAAAAAUUGUGGGAAUGGUCAAUGGCAAUACAAGCGGGUCUUUUAUACCGUCUUCCAUUUUAGUGAAGUGCUUGCAUUUGUGGAGAAAAUUCCAGCGCAUCCCUCGGCCCCAGCUUGGAAUGAAAUUUUGGUCGAUCAAGUUUGUGGACAUUGCUCUUGCUGAGAAUAUAUUGUGCAAGUGUAAUAUUGAUGAUGGCCUUAUUGUAAAAAGGGUGUCAUAUGGAUCUCCUGCUGAGAAACUUGGAAUACUGGUGGGUGACGUCAUUAGUUGUUUCAAUGGAGAACACAUCUCUACAACAGUUGAGUUAGAGAAUAUGAUGCUGAGCAAAUGUGAGGAUGAAAAUAAUAGCCUUAAUUCUGAACUGAAUGUCAAACUUGAUGUGUUUCACAUACGCAAGUCUCGCUGGAGUGACAGAACAUUAACUGUAAAAGUGUCUGAUGACAGUGAAGUAGUUGCAACAGGAGUUACUUAUCCUUUCGUAGAAGGGACACCAUGAUUAAUACCAUGCCAAUUGACCAAACGGGCCGAGGAACAGGAAGAUAGGUUUGGGAGUUCAGGACAGAUACGUGCUUCGGUGAAUGCAAGCGUGGAACCUGCAAGUUUCUGCUAAAUGCAUUUGAUUUCUUAGGCGGUGUAACUCCUUGGCAUAUCCUUGUACCAAAAGUACUGGUGCAGGCAAGCGACUCUGCUGUUUCCUUUCUGCAUGAAAACGGGAACCGUCAUGUGAGCUGACUGUACAUUUCUGGAUGCUUGUUGAGUCCCUACACUUCAUGUAAGUCUUGGUUCGAUGAACAAACAAGUAUCCUGGUCCACUGAAUGAACAGAAGUUGAGGAUCCUGAAAGUGUAUACUUACAAUUCAAAAGCGGAACCACUUUGAUUUUUGUGGUAA